UUGGUUAUAUCGACCCAGUCUGUCUUCUCUUCUCUCUCUCUCUCUCUCUCCCCCUCAUGUACACACACCCUCGGAGUCUCAGGGAAGAACCCAGUUGGUUUAAUCUCCCCAAUAAUCUCCAACCACACCAUGUCUUCAACAAUUCAAUCAUUCAAAACCCCAACACACUAACCACCACAGCCAUUCCACUGAACCUCAACAUGUCAGUCACGUCCCAAAACCUCCUAGCAAACUCACAAUCUCGUUUCUCCUUUUACUUCACAAACACCCAUUUCAAAACCCCCACACCCUUUCUCCCACUUCCCUCCAAACACUUCACCAACUCCUUACAUUUCCAAAUCCCAAAACAUCCAUCUCCGAUUUCGUACAAUUUCAAAUCUUUCAAUACCCAUCACUGGCCUCUCAAAGCCUUCAAAUCGGAGAUAACCCUAGAGAAACAGAAUGAUGACAAUAACUUCAAUUUGGAUGCUUUUCUUUCGAUUCUUGAGUUUCUAUGUCUUGGCUUUUCAGCAAUAAUUUCAAUUGGGUUUGCCGUGAAUGUGGCGAUUUCAAAGUCACAAAAUCAGGUUUUGGGGUGGUUGUGGAACAAGGUUUUCGUGUGGCAGUGUGUGUUGUUAGUGGGCGGGGUGGUGAUUGGGGCUGUGAUUAGGAGAAGGCAGUGGAGGAGAAUUUCUUUGGGUUUUUCGAGGCCGGGUGGUUCGAGGGCUAAUUUGGUGGAGAGGAUUGAGAAAUUGGAGGAGGAUUUGCGGAGCUCGGCUACAAUUAUUAAGGUUUUGUCGAGGCAGUUUGAGAAGUUGGGGAUUCGGUUUAGGGUCACCAGGAAGGCUUUGAAAGAUCCCAUUGCUGAGGCUGCAGCUUUGGCUCAGAAGAAUUCUGAGGCUACUCGGGCAUUGGCAAUUCAAGAAGACCUUUUAGAGAAGGAGCUUGGUGAAAUGCAAAAGGUUCUUCUGGCAAUGCAGGAGCAGCAGCAAAAACAAUUUGAACUGAUUCUUGCAAUUGGGAAGACUGGAAAGUUAUGGGAGAGCAGGCGGGAACAUACGCCAGACCAAAACACAAUUGAAUCAAGUAAUUCAUCUGUGGAUGGGAUACCACGACUGGGAACAAACCAAAUCCAAGCUCUGGCAGGACAAAACGAAGCCAGCAAUGACAGGGCCUAGGACUGGAUUUUGAAGCUUCAAUUUCGGAAUCAGAUUUGCUUAUCUUAUUCAAAAACUCCUGGAAGCCAAUACUUGAAUGGUUUGUUGAAGACCAUGGAGAUUAGUGGAUGGCAUUUUGGUCAUUUGUAAGGAAUCAUAUCCUAAGCCAGUUAAACAGGUUCUAGUUUCUUGAAUUUGCUAGUCCAGGGGAGAAACGAAACAACAAAGUAGACAGAGGAGAAAAGAGAGGAGAAAGAACAAUUAAUGUCUUUGUACCAAUAAUGCAUUCUGUUCUUGUGUCAUUCGUGGUGUAUGAUAUUGAUCAAAGCUGUUUUCUUUUUUUUUUGGUUGGUUAAAUGGUGGGACCUAGGUUGAUCAUAAGCUAAUGUUGUGUAGGGUA